AAUACAGUCCUUCCAGUCAUAUCACAACACUCAAAAGUCAAAAUCAUCCCCAAUUUCUCUUUAACUUACCUGUUAUACAACUUGAAUCUAUAAACAGAGUGUGCAUCUAUCUUCAUAGUUAGGGAAAAGAAAACCACCCUACAUCCUCUAGUGAUGGAGCUAAAUUUUAGUAUGAUCAACACAGUGCUAUGUGUUGUUGGACUGAUAGUGAUGAUAUACGGAUGGAGAUUUUUCAACUGGAUCUGGUUGAAGCCGAAGAAGAUGGACAAGUUCCUUAGAAAACAAGGUCUGAACGGAAAUCCCUACAAAUUUCUAUACGGAGACAUAAAAGAGAUGGUGCAGAUGACCGCUGUUGCCAAAUCGAAACCCAUAAAUCUCAACGACAACAUCGUCCCACGUGUCAUGCCAUUUCUGUACUACUCCGCGAAGACAUAUGGUGAAGGAAAGAAUUUCUUUACAUGGAUGGGUCCACGACCUUUGGUCCACGUCACAGAACCUGCACUAAUACGAGAGAUUUUAGCCAAUUAUUCUCAGUUUCAAAAGCAAAGAGGAGGAAAUCCAUUAACAAAGAUGCUAGCAAGAGGGCUGGCAGAUGUUGAGACUGAUCAAUGGGCAAAACAUAGAAAAAUAAUCAAUCCUGCUUUCCAUGUCGAAAAGCUCAAGCAUAUGUUACCUGCUUUUUACGUUAGCUGUAGUGAGAUGAUCAACAAAUGGGAAGAAUUAACAAAAGAAAGAUCGAGUGAAGUUGAUGUUUACCCUCAUCUCCAAACAUUUACUAGUGAUGUAAUUUCACGUACAGCAUUUGGUAGCAGCUAUCAGGAAGGAAGAAAAAUAUUUGAACUUCAAAAAGAACAAGCAGUGUUAGUCAUUAAGGCUGCACAGUCGAUGUAUAUUCCAGGAUCUCGAUUUUUGCCUACAAAGAGCAAUACAAGGAUGAAAAAGAUUGACAGAGAAAUAAAGGGAUCGAUAAAGAAAAUUAUUAAUAAACGAGUAACAGCAAUGAAAGCUGGGGAAAGUAGUAGCGAUGAUUUAUUGGGCAUAUUAUUGGAUUCGAACUACAAAGAGAUCAAACAACAAGGGGAUAAAAAUUUUGGGCUGAGUAUUGAUGACGUCAUCGAAGAGUGCAAACUCUUUUAUUUUGCAGGGCAAGAAACUACUGCAAACUUGCUUGUUUGGACAAUGAUUUUGUUAGGCCAACAUACAGAUUGGCAAGAUCGAGCUAGAGAUGAAGUUUUAAAGGUGUUCGGAGAAAGAAAACCUGAUAUUGACGGAUUAAGUCACUUAAAAGUUAUUAAUAUGAUAUUGCACGAGGUACUUAGGUUAUACCCGGCGGGUAUAGUAUUGGGGCGGAUGAUUCACGAAGACACUACAUUAGGAAACAUAACCUUACCUGCUGGUUCGCUCCUCUACUUGCACAUGAUGCUUUUACAUCAUGAUAGUGAUAUAUGGGGUGAUGAUGUGCACGAGUUCAAGCCUGAGAGAUUUGCAGAAGGUGUGUCAAAGGCAACAAAGGGACAAGCUUCAUACUUCCCUUUUGGAGGGGGUCCACGUAUAUGUAUCGGCCAAAACUUUGCUAUGUUGGAAGCAAAAUUGGCACUUGUUAUGAUUCUAAGAGGUUUUUCGUUUGAGCUUUCCCCAUCAUAUGUGCAUGCUCCACAUACUAUCAUCACUUUGCAACCUCAGUUUGGUGCUCAAUUGACUUUGCACAAACUUUAGUGGUUAUUGUAGAAAAAACGAGAUACAUAGCCACUCUUGGUUUAUAUCAAUUCUAAUAAACAAAUGUUUUUUUUUU